AUGGACGGCGUCGGACUGAGCUCCAGGCACAGCGCCUACGUGGGCCAUCCAGAUGCGGACAACUACUCCAAGCACCUCCUUACAUUGCUAGCUCAGCGCCGGGAGCUACAAACCGAGGACCUGCGCAGAUUGCUAAGCGAUGCAGUCGCCGCCGCUGCGCCAGCGGUGUCGACCUCGGCGUCCGGAGGCUUGGGCCAGGCGGCCGCGGCGGCGGCGCCGCCGCCGCCACCACCGGCGGCGGCGCUGCCUCCGUCGCUGUUCAGCGGCUCCGCCAGCGCCGCAAGCAUCGAGCGGGAACGUCGAGAUUUACAAUCGGAGCUGACUCUGGGGUUGGAAAGCCGAACUCGGCCGACAAUGGCGGAGGCGUGCAGGGCGGCGGUGGAGGGGGCAGGGAAGCCGCUGGCAGUCCACCGACUGCCGCUACACCGCCACCAACUUGACCACGUCGGCAGCGCCUGGCAAGGCGCCCUUCGGCCCUGUGGCUGCGAACGAGAGCUCGCCCUAGCCAAAGAAUGCAUGCAGGCACUCCAGCUUUCAGAAUCCGACGCCGCGGCGCGGCUGGGUCGCCUCACGUCGCUUAGAAGCGCAGAUGCGAGCGAUUGGUGGGCAGCGUUGCAUUGGGCGGUUUGCCGGCUGCCGCCAGGGAGGGUUGCGGAGCGGUUUUUCGAUCGGUUGAGGUGCCUGCCGCUGAGUCAUCAUCACCGGUUUCCGGUGUAUGAGCAGGUUUGCGGCGGGGCGUUGCUCCGAGACCAGGUGGCGGCGGUUUCGGGGCUGCGGGUGCCGCCUAGCGUGGUGACGACGAAUGGAGAGUCGGUGCAGCAGCUGGAGCAGCUGUUUCGGGAGUUUGACCCGGGGGAGUUGCUGCCGCAGGCCUCCACCCCCUCCGCCGACAGCGCCCCCGGGGCGGUGGUCGCGGACCCCUCAGCCAAGCAGCACAAGGCGGCUUACGAGGCGCGGAGGAUGCUGCCACGGGUCCUCGCACGUCACCGCCGCCGCUGGCCCGGAGCUUGGGCGACAAACCCACAACAACAGCAACAACAACAACAACAACAACAGCAGCAGUUCGAUGUAGGCGGUCGAGAGGGCCCGGACUCUGCGGGAGGAGGGGCAGCAGCUGCUGGCGAUCCGUCGGUCGCGAUGAUGAUGUUGCCACAAGAGCCGGUGGUGGAGCAGUUCCCCGAAGAUCCCGCUUGCUCGUCCCGCGAUCAGGUGCAUGUCGUACGGGUCAUGGACGAGCAGCUGGCGGCGCUUGUACCUUCCCUUGAGGGGGAUGAGUCGGCGGGCUACCAAGCCGUUCUGAGGACGCUACCGCUGGAGAUCGAUGAGGUGCUCAAAGCUGAAAACGACUUCCUGGACGAGUUUAACGAAGAGCUCAUCCACGACCGGCUGAGGUCACUGGCGGAGCAACAUGUGGACCGCUGGUCUCGCUUUACUGCGGACGAACCGGUGGUUCGCAUGACGUUAUCGCUCGCCAACGCACCCUGGGCGAGUCAGCGCCUGCAGGACAAGACCAUGGAGGCGCUUUUCGUGGUGCGCUACCUCGCGACGAAACGGAACAAAAUAAAGAUCCUGCACUACCUCAACGCCCUGGCGUCCGUCCGCCUACAACUCCUGCGGGACGAGCGCGACGAGGAGCCCCUCGCACAGCCGUUUCCCACCACCGCCGCAAAGGACUUCACGUGUCCGGUGGCGUACGCGAACGGGACAGCACGGGGCGCAGGAGGAGGAGGAGGAGGAGGAGGAGGAUCCGCAUCUGGCGGGGCCGCUGCCGCCUACGGCGGCAGCGGCGGCGGCGGCUCCGCCGCCGCCGCCCCUGACGCGGAGUACGACAUCUGGAUGGACGAUCCUGAAGCGGGCGUAUCGGUUCGUGACGCCGACGGCAAAUGGAUCUUGUACGAGUUAAGUAGCGGUGGGAGGAGCCGGCCCAACCUGGCUCAGGAGGACGGCUAUUUCGCGGCUCGUUACCACUCAGAAACGCUAUCCCUGGAGCUGGAGGCCACCCUGGCGGCUCAGCUGUGCGGGCUCGUGGCCAAACACGAGAGGCAAGGGCUGGCGGGGUCGUACACGUCGGCGGCGGCAGCCGCCAGCGCGGCGGCGAUGCUGGCGGCCGCUGGCGGCGGCGGCGGCGGCGGCAGCUUCGGCACCGCUUCGGCAGCGGCAUCAUGGUCGUCUGCGGAGUCGCUUUGGAAGCCAGGGUACAACGCGGGCAUUGUGUACGGCGGUGUGCUAACGGUGGGUCAACGCGGAUUGCUCCAGGAGGGCGCUACCCUAAGCUCCGUCGGCGCCGCCGCCGCUGCCCUGCCCGCCCACCUCCGCGCCGCCGCGUCCUCCCUGGCGUCACUGCACCAGCUACGACAUCACGUGGAGUUAGCAGAUCUGCGGAAGGUGAUUCUGCAGUACGGCGUUACGGAAAUGGCCGUACUGCUGCGUGAGGAGGCGUACCGUGCGCAUGCGCCCGUGGAACGUCCUCCCAAAGAUUCCAUGUUCGAUUCCACCCGAGGACGACGUGAUCUUCACCCGGACGUACCUCUACUGCGGGGUAAUUGGCUGGUGGCCUCCCAUCUGGCGGACAAUGUGGAGGUGAUGAGGAGUACGGCAGUGGAAGUGGGGGCGGAACCCCGGGCGGCGUUGGAGGUGUUCCUCAACAAGGAGACCCUCAUCCGCAGUCUGUACCGCGGCGAGGUGCUGUGGCUUGUGUAUGUCGUACAAGCCAGAGCGCUGGGGAGGCGGUACAGUGAGCUUCAUGGUAUUGACUGGGGUCAGAUUGACGCCGCGGGUAACGCUCUGAAGGCGGAGAUGCUGACGGAGAUUGUGCAGAUUCUCCUGGAUGGCAUCAUUCGGAAACUGGACCGACGUAGGCGUGUGCUGAUGUGGAGGGCAGCUGCAUUGGAGGGUGUGGCGGACAGUGAGGCCAUGGAUGUGGUGGUGGGCGGGCCCCCGGGGGCUUACGCACCAGCACACCACCCGCUGUCGCCGCCGCCGCCACCGCCGUCGGAUGUACGGCAAGGGGGACGCGGCGCUGGGUCGGCGGAGGCGGGUGAUCGUCGUACGGGGGUACCUCCGCUGCUUCGUGAUCCGCCGGGUGAUCGAUUGGAGGAAUACACCAAGCAACGCCGCAGCAGCAACUCGGCUCCAGCCGCGGGUGCGCUCUACUUGGACAUAAACGAGGUUAAGAUGCGGCUUCGAGUCCAGGCCCGACGCAGCUACGUCCAGGGGCUCCUCCGUGUCAAGGGCAGUGGCAACGGCGGUCCGGAGGCCGAAGCGGCCGUUCGCUCCGAAACCGAGGCCCACUACUCGGCUGCCCUCCUGUCUGAGCUGCUGCCGGCUGCCAGUCGCGUUCAGAUGGCGGCGGUGGUGCGGGAGCUGGCGGUGUUGCUGCUGGGGGGUACCGGCGGUUCCGGUCACAAUUGGGGGCUGCAGUACGACGCCGACGGUCAGCUGCUGAGUGUACGGCGGGAGGACCUGGGGCCGCUGUUUCAGGGUCCUGAGGGGCAGGUGGCGCUGAGGGCGGCAGUGCUGGAGUACGGCCCGUUGUGGCAGGGCAUUAUGUUUCAGUUGGCGGACAAAAAGAACGACCCAGAUCACAUGGACUGGUCGCCGGCGUCCCCCGCCGUCGGACUGCCGUACGCCAUUGGGUUCGUACAGCCGCCGUCGUCGGGCUCCGCUGCGGUGGCGGCGGCAGGCUCCCGAGCCGCUUCACCCGCCCCCGGCGCUGCCGCUGCUGCUGCCGCCGCCCCCGCUACUCCUACUUCUUCUUCUUCUUCAGUUCGGUUGGAAGCCCUGUGGGGCUUGCCGGGUCAGUGGGAGGUGCUUCACGGCGCUGCCGUACAUUACCCGCCCGGACUUGCGGGGCACUCGGCGCUGGAGAAGGGGGUGACGGUGGCGAGCCUGGUGGUGGAGGUGGUCAGGCACUUUCUGUUCGUGUCCUCCGUGUUGGCCCCCUCCGCGGCACUAGCCGUAGGAGGUGACGUCAGCGGACAGACGACGGGCUUGGCGGCGCUGACGAAGGCCGGGUUGCCUCAGGCCAGCCCGGUGUCGUACAAUGCCCGGGCACCCACCGGCCCGGCGCUGUACCAGCAAUCAGAGGCAGUGGAGGCGCUGCAGGUGCUGUACGGCAGCAAGGCCAAGGCCCUGGUAUCAGCUGCUGAGACGCACCUGCUGGCCCGGGCUACCUCCCGGUCGGGUGGAAUGGAGGAGGACGUGCCUUCAGGAGCGGCAGGAGGGGGAGGGGGGGCCGGUCGUGAAGGGGAGGGCCGGCCGGCUUGGCUGGCGAACAGCCCCGCAUGGGGCUCGCCGGAGGCCCGCUUCCUGGAGGCGUGCAUAGUCGCCUGCAAGCAGCACCUGGACCUGCAGGGUGUGCAGGUGGCGCUUCUGCGGCUGCACCAGGACUGCGCUCAACUGGCCGGUCUUCGGUCGUUGGUGGUAACGACCAACGGUGGCGUCAGCGGCGUCAGCGUAUUUAGCGCCAGUGGGGGGCCUGUAGCUGGUGGUGGUGGUGGUGGUGGUGGUGGUGGUGGUGGUGGAGGGCCGUCUCUGGCCGCUGCCGCGGCGGACAUGUUACAGCCGCACUCCCUGCCUGCCGCCGUCAUCACGGUAUUCGCUCGCAAGCUGGCGGCUAGACAGCGGCGCGGGGGCCCCACCGGGGGGGAUGUGGUCGAGAUCAACACGGACGACCUGCUCCGCUGGCUGGCCGACCUGGUCAAUCAGCUGACCUCCUCAGCUCGUGCGGGUAUGGCUGCUGCCGCCGCCGCCAGUGCGCGGGAGCGCUCCGCCCUUCACGGGUUCGUGGAGGACCUGGAGGCCGCGGUGGAGGGGCUGGCGGCGGACCACGACAACUUCAUGCGGCAGCACGAAAUCAAGGUGGAGACCCAGAUGCUGAGCCGGGCCUUUGCUGCGGGCACCAUGAAGAUGACGGACGAGGUGGGGCGGAUGAUGGCGCUGGAGAGGCAGCUGGAGGAGCAACAGACGGAGAUUUUGGACCUCCAGUGCGCCAUCACCAAGGUGCAGUCCUGGUUCAAGAUGCGCAGCAGCACCUUUCUGACCGCCUGCAUGAAGGAGGUGGAGGCGGCCAAGGGCCGCGCUGAGGCGCUGGAGGCGGAGCUGUGGGAGAUGGCUCAGAUCACUCGUAACCGAGAGGCCUGGAGGGAGUGGGUCAACAGUAAGCAGGGCCUUAUGCAGCUGCUGGGCAAUCAGCUCAUGGCGGCGCACCGACAGCAGCAGCAGCAGCACCCCUCCUACCUGCACGUGAUGGGGCCCGGGGGUCACGGUCCGCCACAGAGGGGUCGCAGUAGCAGCAGCGGCAUGAAUGCGGGCGGCAGUAGCAGUUCUUUGUUGGCCUUGGGGGGUGGAGGUGAUUCGGAGCUGGAGGGCAGUCGGCAGCACUGGUGGGAUGUGGAGCGGCGGCAGAUGCAACAAGAGGUCGCCCGGCUCAAGGCUGAUCUGAAUAACGAGCGGUUGGUUAAGAAUGACGUGUUCGAGCGGUUAUUACGGUUGGAGCAGCAGUACAUGGCGGUUGCGCAGGUGCCUGCUGGGACGUCGGCGGAGGGUCUGGCGGCGGCGGUGACGGGGGCUGGCGCUGGCGGCGGCGGCGGCGGCGGGGGGUUUGCUGGCAGCGGUGACGAGGAGGGUGCUGGCGGCGGCGGCGGCGGCGGCAGCUUUCCCCUGGGUGGCGGGGGUGGGGGUGGGGGUGGCGCUGCUACUCCAAGCCCACGUGGCAGUUUCCUUUUCGGGAGAUCGACAUUGAGUCCUGUACAGGCGGAUAUCCUUUCCCGCAGGUACGAGGAGCUCCGGUCCAGCCACCAGUUUGUGAAGGAGGAGAACGCGGCCCUUCGCCGGACCCUGGCAGCCCUGAAGACGGUGGCGCCCGACCUGGUGCAAUCCCUGGAGUUCCCCCUGAUACAGCUGGGGGGCCCGGGGGGGGGAGGAGGGGGAACGCCGGUGGUGGCGGCACACGGCGCAGCGGCGGUGCUGGACGUGCGCGGUACGACAGCGCCAGGGCUGACGGAGCCGCCGCUGGCGGGCAGCAUCCGGCCCGGCACCGCCGGAAGGUUGCGGCCGAUUAGCCACAAGGCGGUGGCGGCGGCGGCGGGCAGGCCUAGCUAUAGUGGCGGCGGGGGCGGUGAGGGGAACGUGUAUGGGGCUGGCGGCGGCGGCGGUAGUGGUGGCGGCGGGGCCGGUGGCAGUCCGCUAAUACGGCGGGGUGUCGGGGCAUCCGGGGCGCGGCCGCCGUCGGCUGCCACGUAUGCGUUGCGUGCCGCCAUAGGACCCAACUUGGGUGCCGUACAGCGCCCGCGCAGCGCCAGGCCGUGGGCUGGGUAUGGUGGCGGCAGCGGCGGCGGCGGAGCCGCAGCUGCCAUCCCUGCCCCUAUCACCUCCACCAGCCCGCCCUUACCGAUACCUGCUGCUGCUGCUGCUGCUACUGCGGGGCUGGAGGUGGGAGCGGCUCACGGCCACAUCGUUGCCGAUUUUGGCGGUGCUGCAGCGGCAGCUCCUGCGGCGGCGGGGGCCCCCCCGUCCCGCAGUGCCUCAGCCCUGUUGCCGCCACUGCUGCUCAACACCUUCGCUUCGCUCGUAACUCUGGUGCGACAUCAGCUGUGCGGGAGGCGCUUGUUUGCCUGUGAGGGUCUCUUGACCCUUGCGUGCCCGAUGGUCCUGUGUCGUAUCCCAUCGUAUUCACGGGACCUGACUUCCGCCGACCAGAUGACCGUCCUGUCAGUGUGA